AUGGAGCUUGACUUAGAAGAUGAAUUGCGAAGAUGUAUGAUGGAAUUGGAUGAUUCUAUGGAAGAAGGAAGAUUUUAUGGUGACGGUUUCUUUGUUAAUGAGUUUCAUGAAAUGAAGGAAUAUCCAGCCAGAUUUAAAAGAUACACAAGAAUGUACUUAAGCUCGUUUGAGUAUUUGUUGGAUUUACUCGAGCCUGAAAUUACUCCGCAAACUAGUAGACCCACCGAUAUUUGUGCUGAGCAACGUCUAGCUAUAACAAUAAGGUACUUAGCGACCGGCGAUCAAAUAAGCUCAAUUGCUCAAGUCUACAAAGUUGGCGAAUCAACACUGUCUAGAAUAAUUAAACAUACUUGUGCCGCAAUCUCUAGAGUUUUAUGUCCCAGAUAUUUAAGGUUUCCUACGGAACCUAUAUGGCAUAAUAUUAGUAAAGGUUAUCAUCAGAGAUGGAAUCUACCUCAUUGUUUAGGUGCCGUCGACUGCAAGCACAUUCACAUAGAAGCUCCUCCUCAUUCCGGCUCUCUCUUUUAUAAUUAUAAAAAAACUUAUAGUAUUGUUAUGAUGGCAGCAUGUAAUCACAGGUACGAAUUUACCAGGGCAAAUAUAGGAUCUUUUGGCGGAGAAAGCGACGGUGGGGUUUUUUCGAGGAGUGCUUUCGGCAGACACCUAAUAGCCGAAACUUUGCCGAUUCCACGGAAUUACACGAAUUUGCCAGGAUCAAAUAUUAAAGCACCAUAUUAUUUUAUCGGCGACGAUGCGUUCGCUUUGAGAACUGAUUUUAUGAAGCCGUAUUCUGACAGAAAUCUGACUCAAGAACAACAAAUAUUUAAUUACAGAAUUUCUAGAGCAAGGAACUGCAUUGAAUGUGCUUUUGGAAUUUUAGUUAGGCGGUGGCAAGUGUUAAAAGGGCGAAUAGCAAUCCAUCCAAACGCCGUAGACAAUAUUGUUCUAGCCUGUGUAUGUUUACACAAUUUUGUAAUGUCUAGAACACAAGCACAAGAAAGAACUUGUGAUGAUGCUCAGCAAGGACGCCAAGUUGUUGUCGAACAUGAACCAAAUGUUGCACCGGCAGCUGUUCAGCUUCGUCAUGACUUAACUAGAUAUUUCAUGAGUCAAGAAGGUCAGGUUCCAUGGCAACUUGAUUACGUUAAUCGCGGUAGAAAUCAAGAAGAUUAG